GCUGGCCAAUCACAGCCCAACACACGAUCGACGCUGCCACGUCAAAUGCGACGGUGUGAGUGUGAAUGAAGUGGCAUUUUCGGCGUUUUAUUCAGCAUCGUCGGCCGAAUUUAAACUGUAGUUGUGAUCAGGCAUUCGCAAAUUUAAGAUGCGAGUUACGUUAUUUGCAGUAGCGAUAGCCCUUUUGGGUGCCGCGUUUGCCGAUGAAAUUCCCACAGAAGAUAAUGUGCUAGUACUCAGCAAAGCCAACUUUGAAAAUGUUAUUUCUACCACUGACUUCAUUUUGGUUGAAUUCUAUGCGCCGUGGUGCGGGCAUUGCAAAUCGCUUGCGCCCGAAUAUGCCAAGGCCGCUACAAAGUUGAGUGAGGAAGAAUCUCCCAUCAAACUUGCCAAGGUUGACGCCACGCAAGAGCAGGAUCUCGCAGAAAGUUUCGGUGUAAGAGGAUAUCCCACGCUGAAAUUCUUCAAGAACGGCAACCCCAUCGAUUACACGGGUGGCAGACAAGCUGAUGAUAUUGUCGCAUGGCUGAAAAAGAAGACUGGUCCUCCAGCUGUUGAAGUUACAUCUGCAGAACAGGCCAAGGAACUGAUUGCUGCCAACAAUGUGAUCACAUUUGGUUUCUUCCCCGACCAGGCCACUGAGAAGGCAAAGGCUUUCCUCAAUGUUGCUGGCUUGGUAGAUGACCAAGUGUUUGCACUUGUCAGUGAUGAGAAACUCAUUGAAGAGUUGGAAGCUGAAGCUGGCGAUGUCGUCCUGUUCAAAAACUUUGAAGAGCCACGUGUCAAGUAUGACGCUAAAGAGCUUGAUGAAGAUCUGCUCAAGACAUGGGUGUUUGUGCAAAGUAUGCCCACUAUUGUUGAGUUCUCACAUGAAACCGCAUCCAAGAUCUUCGGUGGACAGAUCAAAUACCACCUGCUUCUCUUCCUGUCCAAGAAAAAUGGUGAUUUCGAAAAGUACCUUGAUGAUUUGAAACCUGUCGCUAAGAACUACCGCGACAAGAUCAUGGCCGUCGCUAUUGAUACUGAUGAAGAUGACCACCAGAGGAUUCUGGAGUUCUUUGGCAUGAAGAAGGAUGAGGUUCCUUCAGCCCGUCUCAUUGCUCUGGAACAGGACAUGGCCAAGUACAAACCUGCCAGCUCCGAGCUUACUGCCAACACUAUUGAGGAAUUCAUCCAAUCAUUCUUCGCUGGUACCCUGAAGCAGCACCUGCUCAGUGAGGAUCUGCCCGAGGACUGGGCAGCCAAGCCCGUCAAGGUGCUGGUGGCCACCAACUUUGAUGAGGUCGUCUUUGACACCAACAAGAAGGUCCUCGUUGAGUUCUACGCGCCAUGGUGCGGUCAUUGCAAGCAGCUGGUGCCGAUCUACGACAAGCUGGGCGAGCACUUCGCCGCAGACGAUGAUGUCGUCAUCGCCAAGAUGGACGCCACUGCUAACGAGCUGGAGCACACCAAGAUCACCUCCUUCCCAACCAUCAAACUGUACACCAAGGACAACCAGGUGCGCGAGUACAACGGCGAGCGCACGUUGGCCGGACUCACCAAGUUUGUGGAGACUAACGGUGAAGGCGCGGAGCCCACGCCCUCAGUUAGCGAAGAUGAUGAAGACAACGAGGCGCCGUCGAGGGACGAGCUGUAAAGGCGCGGCCACACUCAAGACUUCCAUAGCGUACUUUGUAUAGAUUAUAAUUAUAUUUUACACUUAAUAUUACAUUUAGAAUCGCAUUUCGUCUGCCAGGCCCUUUACUAUACGUUGUUUGUGUUCACCGUUGGUUUUCACUGUCGAAAAACAUGCGUAGACAUGUCAUAGUUGUAUGUUUAGUUUCGACAGUGGAAAUUUACAUUUAGGUUGUUUUUUGUUAGCGCAUCGCGCACAAGAAAUUUAUUAUGAGCAAAAAUCUUUAUCUAAUGAAGUUCUUUUUCUAUGUUUUGUAAUGUUUAAUACUAAAAGAAACUAAUUCCAUGUUCUCUUUAUUGAUAUUUAUCGUAAUACUCUGAUUGCAUCUGUAUGGGGAAUAAUUUAUUUGAAAUUUAAUAAUUUAUUUCACAGAGAACAUUUUAAACUUAAUGUAUGUGUAUUUAUAAUUUCUGUAUCAUGAUGGGGCGAGAUAUUUGAACAACAAUCAGUUAUUUUUUUAAUUGAUUUAUGACAUGAAAUAUUUUAAGAGACGUAAAUGCAACAAUUCGAAUUAUUUCUUUUGUAAGUUUUUUUUUAUUGAUUCGUUAAAUUUGCAUAAUUUUAGAAAGGUGCUUUUAAGUUUUAAAUACAUUUUGCAGUUCCGCUCGCGUGUAAUUCUAAAAUCAGUUUAUAUGAAUCCAGUUUUGUAAUUGUAAAUAGGAAUUUGUUGGAAAUUACCUAAAUAAUGUUGCAUGUAUCUAUUGUGGAUACAGAAAUUGAUAAAUAAAGUUAUAAAAACUA